UUGCCUCCGCUCACGGCACCACGUGAAAUCUGACUCUUAUUUUUAAGUCACUUCCUCGAGUGACGAUUUGCUUACCUGUCCUGCUUAUCGGCAGAGGUCUUUUACAAACCUGAGAAAAGUUUACUCUAACUCGUCAUGAAGAUCUGGCGAGCAAGUCUGCUCCUGCUUGUUGUGUUCUGCCUGGUGUGGCAGUCUGAAGGGUGGUGGAGGCGGAGGAGGAGGAGGAGGUGUCCAAGUCCUAGCCCGAAUCUGGCGGCACCGACCUACUGGAAAUGUAUCGGCCAGACUCGCUCCAGCCUCAUGUCCUCUGGGCCAGUGGUCAACAGGGACACUUCAUGCUACGGCCAUCCACGCUCAAGUAACUCAGCUGGCUCUGCCCCGUUCUUCCACGGGAGAACCCGCCUGUUCCGCCGCCGCCGCCGUGGCGUGGACACGGUGUUCCAGUGGAGCCCGUCACACCGCGUCCUCCUGUUCCGCGGAGAGGUCUUCGAGUGGGGCGUCGGGGCAAAAAUGAGAUGGUGGGAAGGUCUCCGCUGCCCAUCUGACUGUGCUGUCAAAUGGAAGAGGUCUCCUGCAGGAUACAGCACCUGUACCCGAGCGCAGGCCGAGUUGUUCAGCCGACAGUAUAAGUCUUGCUAUGGGUCCUACCGCCUCUUCACCAACAACUGUCACUACUUCGUCAACCGCCUCAUGAAGUACCUGGACUCGGGCUGCACCAGAAUGCCGUGAGGGAGUCCGGAGACAUCGGUAUUCUUCGGCACGUUUCGGACCGACAGUAUCGUGUAUACGAUGCCCGCUAUAAUUGAAAAUAAGUUGAAGUUUAUAAGCUUGCUACACCGUAAUUAAACACGUAGUGCACGUGUCAUAUAACAUGUGUUGAUUUUAUCAUCGGUCUGUUAAACGCAUAAAAAGCUUUGGAGUAUUUGCAUAAGCCAUACCUUUGGUUGUCGAUAAACAAAGGGCUGUUACAGAUGCAUUUUGUAUAAAGUUCAUUAUUUGAUGUUCUGAGUACAGUGUAUUAGUAAAGCUUAAGGGAAUGAUCAUAUCCAACACGAGGAAUAUGUCACCGAAUACGAAAAAAAUCCUGCUAACUUUUGACAGUAGUCUUAGUCUUUAUUUACGCCUAUAAUUAAAUGCUUAUUCAGACUUUUGUUAGAGGUGUUUUUAAAACUAAGAUUAUUAUGAAUUC